GUCGACCCCCUUCUUCAGCAACCAAAUGGCUGGCUUCUUUUUCGGCGGUAUCGCGGCCUGUCGCCGAACCACUCACUGCCUUGGUCUGCUCCGCUCGUCCUACCGACCACUAAGUCUGCAUCCACUGCACCACGGACGCCGACGGCACAGCACUUCCUCGGGAUCCGGUGAGUCCGGUGAGAAGAAGAAUUCCGAUCGGGUGUGCCAUGGCUUGGGUCAAACCAAAGAUUCAAACCAAAGUGCUGGUGCAUUGGAGACGACAGCGGCGCCACCAGAUCCGCCCAAGGUUCCUGGGGAGCGAAGACCGGAGUCGCCCUACGAGGUCAGGCCAGAGGUACUGCCCAUCCAGGAUGAGCCACAUCGCUCCCACCCCUCGCCUCCGGAGGUCAAGCCCCCAAAUCCACACACUAUUGUCUGCAGCUCGGACAACAAAUAUUUACCGGGAUCUUCGGGCAAUGUUUUGGGAAAAAAUGAGACACUCGGAGGCAAGGUGGCUGAGCAUGGGUCUCCGUUUAAGAGUACAGAAGCUAAAGAUUUUGACGCGAAAUCUGAGCCUCAGAUUUUUCCAACCUCUACUGUAAUUGAUCUUAUAGAAAGUCCCAAGUAUCAUUCGUUAUCAGGCAGUGAGUCAAAAGAUGAGCCCAAAAUAGAAGACUUAUUCGCAAUUGAAUCCGAGCUCAAGUCCCUGACAGCGUCUAUUUCUGAUUUAAUUGAACAGCCUCCACUUAAAGCGGAGCUCAAAUCCAUGGACACGACCACAGCACAACAAAAUGCUCAAGGCUUUGUAACUCCAUUUCAGAUAAACUCUAAGGAUUCGAACCCAGCUGAAUCAAAUGAUAAGACCGACUCGAAAGAAUCUCAGCUUUCAACAGAAUCCAAGAAACAACCGUCUUCUAUGACACGUAAUUCAAAUGGGAGGCUCGAUCUCAAGGUUAUGCCAAGUUCAUUACACAAGCCCCAAACAGGCAAAGCAAGUUCUCAGACCUUGACUCAGUCUAUAGCCUCGACUGAAGGCAUAAAACGAAGUUGUGAGCCUAAGAACAGUAACGCGAAAACUUCUGAAGGGGGUCACAGCUCCACAUUUAAUAUGCCUGGGGAAAGCAAGAUUUCGGGGUUUAAAGGCAAUUUGGAGACGCUUAGCGACAGAAGUACAGAAUUUAGUCAAAUAUUAGAUAAAAUUCAGGAAAGGAGUUUCCAAGGAGCGGCUGACGCAGUCAAGGAAAAGCAGAGCAACAGGGAUGUGAUCCAGAAGUGGGUAGAACAUUUUAAGUUGGUGGAGAAAAAGGCCGCAUCCGCCAUCGAAUCAAACAAACUUAAGGAUGUUCCGGCACCUGCCGAGUGUGAUAGAAAAAAGAACUCCUACUUCAUUGAAACGUUGGUAAAGGAAAAUAAUAUAUGGGUACCUAAAAACUCAACCUCUUCCAAUUCAGUUUCGUGUCCCUCUGGUCAAAACAUAAGCGCAAAAAAUACAACUAAUUUCUACCCGAAAUUAUCAUUGCCACUGAAAAUAGUACCCAAGCACGAAGCCCCAACUGAGUUUAAAAAAACGUUAAAACCAAUACCUUCAACCGAACUUAAGUCGAAUAAAAAUACGCAAUUGGAUGUCACGAGAGAAGCAAGUAAGCCCACAGAAUUUAUCCUCAGUCAGCCUACUUCAACUAGAAAUUCGAAAUAUAAUGUUUGGGCAUCUUCAUCAGCAGAUUCAAAAAAAUCGAAUGCUACGGAAAAUCGUAAAAUCGUUGCCAACGCUCACGAAGAACCUAAAAAUCAGUCAACAGAGGAAAUUGUGGCCAUGUUUAAGGACGAAAAUGAUAGUGACCAGGCUAAGAAUGAGGAGGGCAGAGUCAGAGAAUUGUUCGACACAUUGGAAAGAUUUAAUGAUAAGCCGGAUUCUUUGUGGACUUUGCCAGAACUCUCUUCAGCCACUAAGAAUAGUCAAACAGAUGUUUUAGCCAUGCUUUCAUCAGGGUCCAAUAAAAACGAAAUUGGGACCACUAAUCAAAAAGGAAAAUUGGAUAACACUGACUCGGACAAGAAAACUGAGGAUCACUUUACCAAACUAGGCGACUUGGACUCAACGAUCCGAGAAGAGGAGUAUGUAAAGGUUCAGAAAAACGAAGACAAGACCGAUGAAGAUUAUUUUGCUAGACUUAGUAACUUGGAUUCGACCAUUCGAGAGGAAGGAAAGGAUAAACAGAAUAAACAGGCAGAGUCUGAAAAAAGCGAAAAGAAGGAUGAGAAGAGUGUUGAACAGAAAAGUUUUGAUCUAGCCCAGAAAGUUUCGUCCUUCGUAAAGGCUGCCGGGGAAAGUGGUAGCAGGACCGAUGUCACCCAAAAAUCAAAACGAUUGGACAAAAUUCAUUCCAAGGCCAAAAGCAAAGUAGAAACGACCUCGGAGCUAACACCUAGCGAUCUCUACGAUCCAAUAGCCCCAGAGAUUUCUUCCCCAGCCCCUUUGGAAGCGGGCAAAGCUGAACUUGAAGAAGCCGAGGAGUCUACUCCCAGCCUAGAGGCGCCAGAAGUGAAGCCUAAAAAAGAGGAAGCUAAGAUCAAGGAAGCUAAAGUCAAGGCACCCACGGCAGUGGAUGAGACCAAAAUCAAGGUCAACGAAAAGGAUCCGAUCCGGGAAAAACAGUUAAACAAGGAAAAGCCACAGCUGGAUGACGGGGAACUGUCCCUGAAGUUGCUGGACAAAGUUACGGCUGAGGUGCCAGCACCAGCUGCAGCGCCACCGCCGGCAAAACAGCAAGCCGAAAAGAGCCUCAUCCAACAUCUAUUCGACAGGAUCUUUGGCAGAGGAAAAAGCAACGAGGGCAAGCGACGCAUGUCCUCAUUCACGGGUAGACGGCACCUGAGCACCAGUUCCAAGGUUUCACUUCCAAUGCGGACUUUAACGCUGAGUGGCUAUAGUAAAACUAAGGUAACAAAGUCAAAGAAUGUGUCUAGGACAUUCGUAAAAUCCGCCAGCAACAUACUAACCGAAGCCCCCGAAGAAAAAGCCGAUCUACUGGAGGAACCCCUGGUGAUCAAUCGCCUACAACAACCCGUGCUAGAACCUCCGACAUUUGAACUGUUUGCCAAGAAUGAUGACACCGAAAUAAAAGGAGGCUCGCCCGAAUGCUCUUCGCCCAAGAAAUCGCCGCGAGAGCUUCUGCGGGAGAAGCAGCAGACCAGGCAGAUCAAGAUCCUGGGCGGAUCAGAGGAGUGUGCCAAGAAGAUGAAGCGACUCAAGGAACUGACGAAGGAAAAGGACGACGACGACUGCGGCAGUCGACACUUCUCCGCCAGCGUGUCUCGGUUCUUCCGACAGCUCUGGUUUUCUAUCAUUCCAGAGGCGGAAAACAACUCAAGCAAAGUCCAAUAAUGUGCCCAUCUUGCCGUUGUAGACGCGAAGAUGUCGAUCUGAAUCUAAAUGGAUACCUGGCUGUACUGAAAAUGUUCCCACAUCAGGGGGGUCGAUCUGAUGACCUUCUGGAAUCGAAAUAGAACAGCAUUUUGGCUGGAUCUGGUCCAAUCAAUGCGGAGCAACUAAUAAUGUCUAAUAAUAUGCUCUUUAAAAGGACUUACGAUUUGGUUUACUGAUGUUAUUUUACCUCAAUAAAAUUACUUAUUCAACCAUUACAA